AUUCUAGGCACAGCGUCAUAACCUAGAAAUUGUAGCGUGCCGAAAAUCUCUUGCACGUUUUCUCCCUGUGUGUGUUCAUCUCGUGUUGCUGUUAAGUUUUUCAAUUUACGUUUUCUAAAGAAUUUUAAUUAUGACUGACGUAAAAAAUAUUAAAACCCCAAACAAGAGGAAGAGUAUGCCAAAUGAUAAGGCACCACAAUCCGCUAAAAAAACGAAACCAAACAACCCAGGUAAAACCCCCAACAAGGGCAAAUCUCCACAGAAAAAUGCCAAUGCUGUCAGCCCUAAGAAGCAAAAUAACACCCCACAAAAAGCUGCCAAGUUGGAGAAGUUUGCCGGUACAGGUAAACCAAAAGCUACUCCAAAGGCAGCCCCAGAAAAUGCUGCACCAAAUGCUGACAAAAAAGUACAGAAGCCAAAAGUAAAACGUGAAGCAGGUGAAAAAAAGAAGAAAGGACAGUUCUUUGAAUUAAAACAGAAAGUCAUUGGGGGCAACAAGGCAAUUGUUAGUGAUAUUGAAGCCAAGAUUGCGGCAAUUGAAGGGAGAACGGAAGUCACAAAAACUGCCAAGAGAAAGUUGGCUCUAUUGAAAAAACUUAAAGCUGAAGCUGAAGGUAAACCAAAACCAGUUGCUGGUAAACAGGAAAAGAAACCUGGUCCCUCUAAGGCAACCAAAAGGCGUGAAAGAAGGAAAAAUAUGAAGAAGUUAUUGGAGGAUGACGAUGAUAAGAAGGUGGAAAAAAAGACUGGCAAAAAGGAAGCUGGAGCAAAGAAGGCAGCACCUUCUAAAAAGGUAGUAGCUAAGAAAGAAGAACCAGAAUCUGAAGAUGAUGAAGGUGAAGAAGAAGUAGAGGAAGAUUCUGAUGAAGAAGGAUCAGAGGUUGAAGAAGAUUCUGAUGCUGGCGAUGAAGAGGAAGAUGAUGACGACGAUGACAAUGAUGAGGAGGUGGAGGAGGAUGAUGAUUCCGAUGAUGAGGAAGAAUCAUCUGAUGAAAUUGACACCAGCACAUUAAAUUCUACAGUUGCUGAUGAAUCAGAAGAUGAUGAAUCUGAAGAAGAAAACGAUUCAUCAGAUGAAGAAUCUGAUGAACCAAAACAGGAACAAAGUAAUAAAAUGAAAAAAAAACCUGUAGAAAAUGAUUCUGAAGAGGAGGAUGAAUCAGAAGAUCUAGCUCCAGUAAGUAAACCAAUAAAUAAAAAAAUAAAGCAAAACAAACAAAAUCCAAAACCCAAAGAAAAUGCCACAGCUGCAGAUGGACAACCUAAGGAAAAGAAGCCAAAAAAGGAAGUUGAAAUAAAGGAUUUAAAAAAAAUCGACAUUGUGAAGCAAAAUCAAAAGAGAUACGUUGUUUUUGUCGGAAACAUUCCAUAUGACGCGACCCCCGCAAAUUUAAAAGAGCAUUUCUCGAAAGUUGGAAAUGUGAAACAUGUCAGAAUACCAACAGAGAAAAAAUCCAAUAGACCCAGAGGUUUUGCUUAUGUUGAAGUCGACAACGAAGAAGCUUAUCAGCGGAGCUUAUCCAUGCAUCACUCCCAAUUGAACGGACGUAGAAUCAAUGUUCUGUAUACAGAAGGUGGUAAAAAGAAGGGCGAUGACCAGAAAAAGAAAAUUAAGGAAAAAAACUUCAAAUUGGAUGCUAUGAGAAGACGGGGUCAAUUGGCUGGUAGCAAAAAGGAUUCCCAAAAAAGGUCCUUUAGAAGGGCUAAAAAAGCAAAAUUAGAGAAGACUCAGAAUGAUGAAUAAGUAACUUGUAAAUGUUUAAGACUGUUAUUGUGUUUGCUUUUGAAGGUAAGUAGGUAAUCAUUCUGUGGAAUUUAAACAAAAAAAUUACUUUAACUGAUUUAUUUGAACACAAAAGUGAAAUUGCACAUAUUUUAUACUUUACAUAUAACAUUUUUUAGUUAUAGAAAACUGUCCUUGUUCAGUUAUAUGUAUGAUUACAGUAAUUAUAUUAUUAAUUAUCAUAUAAUAAAAAUUAAAUUUUU